CAAAAUCCACUUGGAAGUUUUGGGCUCCGCGGAGGUGGAUGACAUAAGCAGCUUGGAUUCCGGGGCCGAUGGUGUGUUGAGCAGCUUGCCACUUGGGAACUUGUUUCUUAUCUACACUCAAGGCAAUCUGUUUUUCAUCGUCAAGGAGCUUACUGGGUGUUAAGUGAAAGGUUGUUGGUAUGCCAGGGCCACAGAUUUGGAGCACUCAAUCCUGUCGAGUGCUUGGACGUGCAUCGAGAGGUGCAGCUCCCGCAGCCAGGUGCUUCUCGGCGUCAUGUCAACGAAGACAACAAAAUACGGCGUCUUCCUCCGCGCAAACGGAAGAAAAGCGCAAGGAUGAGGCCGCACCAAAAGAAGAAAAGGAAGAAGGUGCCAUGGCUCGCCGCUUGUCACAGAUGACCGAGGAUGCGAUCCUGGAAGGUGGCCGAUCAGCGCUCCACAAUAUCGAGCACGCGGGAUUCUCAGAAGAUUUGAAGAGACAGCUGGAGGAACGAGUCAAGGCAGCCUCAUUCAAGAGUGAACAUGCAGCUGCACACUCGAUUCUCGAUAUGCCGUCCAGCGCGGGUCAAGGAACGCGCGAUACAGCCGCAGCUCAAGCAUGGACAGGCACAGAAACCCUCCACGACUCAGCCCUCCGCAUGCUCGACGACGCCAGCAAACCAAUCCGAACCGCAUACAAGAUCCCGCAACCCGUGAACCUCCAACCAACCGCCAAACCCAAGCAUUCCACCGGAGCCCGUCUCGCUGCCGCAAAGGAACGCACCUCUAAAUACGCACUUAGCCAAGACCCGGGUCUCUCCGAAGACCAGCGUGCGACUAUGCGACGAGAAAUGAGAGAGAAAUUGAUGCCCGGCGCACACGCCAUGCCCAUAUCUAUUCAGGGUCUGGCAUCUCUCGCCAACGAGCGGAUCGAAGAUGCCAUUGCGCGAGGCCAAUUUGAGAAAAUCAAGCGUGGGAAGGGUGUUAAUACCGAGACGGAUCAUAAUGCGAAUAGUGCUUUCAUCGAUACGACGGAGUACUUUAUGAAUAAGAUUAUCCAGAAACAGGAUAUUGUCCCGCCGUGGAUUGAAAAGCAGCAGGAACUUGCUUCGGAGUUGAAUCGGUUUCGACAGCGGAUACGUACGGAGUGGAGGAGACAUGCUGCACGGUUGAUUGCUAGCCAGGGCGGGUCUCUGGAAGUGCAGAUGCAGCGAGCUAGGGGGUAUGCGGCGGCUGAAGCACGCUUAGCUGAGAAAGCGAAAAUAGAAGCUGCACUUCGGGAUAGUAAGAGUGGAGAUACGGUUUCGGAGAUCUCUGCUGAUGGACGGAUUGUGUCGAGGUCUGCAUUACCAGAGACCCCAGUCGAACCUGUUACGGAGCAGGUGGAGGAUACACUCCAUCUUCCACCGCUGCGCGAUGAAAGUUAUAUGGCCAUUGAACGCUCAUACCAUGAGCUUGCUGUGAAGCAACUCAACACAAUUGCCCGCUCAUACAAUCUACAAGCGCCGCGCUCGGCUCAAAAGCCAUAUGUCAAUCUCGACCGCGAACUCAAGUCCUGCUUUGCUGAUGUUGCCCCACAACUCGCGGAGGAGAUACGACGACGUGCAUCGGAGCGUGCACGUCCGUCAGUAUCCGUGCCUCCGCCAAAGUCGAGCAUGCUUGGGUCACUCGGCACGGCCCAGUCGGUGCAUGUCUCCGAGGAGGAUAAAGAGAAUGGGUAUGGAAUGAAGGAGCUUUGGAGAGACUUGUUCUCUAAAAAGGGAUAA